AUGCCUUGUGCCCGGUCCUCUGCAAGAGUUCAAGGUGCACGUCCUCGCCAAGCGAUGUCCUGCUACGACCUGUGCCUGCCCUCCUCCUGUGGUCCGCGGCCACUGGCUGCCAGCUGCAACCAGCCCUGCUUCCGUCGCUGCGGGGACUCCACUGCCAUCAUCCAGCCCCCCACUGUCGUGGUCACCCUGCCCGGGCCCAUCCUCAGCUCCUACCCGCAGAACACGACGGUGGGGUCCACGGCGUCAGCGGCGGUUGGGAGCUACCUCCGGUGCUGCGGGGUCCCCGUGGCCUCUGGGGGUCCCCGAGGGCUGGGGAAGGCGGGACUGCUGUGCCUGGGCAGUGGGCUGUAGGGGUGUCCCCAGCGGUCACCC